AUGGACAACUUGCUGCGUCUUCAUCAUGAUUCUAGUGAACCUCUUGAUGAUCCCCUAUCCUAUAGACGUUUAGUUGGUCGUCUAAUUUAUCUCACCAGUACUCGGCUAGACAUCACCUGUGCAACCCAACAACUUAGUCAAUUCAUGGUUGCCUUCACUCAUUCCCACUAUCUGGAUGCUUUGAGAGUUGUCCGUUAUCUAAAAGGUUAUCCUAGUAAAGGCCUCUUUUUUAGCCGGAAUUCUUUAUCUCAAUUACUUAGCUUCAGUGAUGCCGAUUGGGCCACGUGUGUUGAUACUCGUCAUUCUGUGAGUGGCUACUAUUUCUUCAUUGGAAGCUCACUGGUUACUAAAAAACUAAAAAGCAAUCUACUGUUUCCCAUUCUUCUGCUGAAGAUGAAUAUUGAGCUCUAG